AUGGAUAAGCUGCCACCAGAGAUACUGGGUCGAAUCAUCUCCUUUCUUAUACCAGACAACGGAUUGAGUUUACCGAUUACAAGCAUAACCAAGCCCUGGAAGUCAUAUGGGUCAAUUGCUCACUUCGCCACCGUCUCCAAGCUCUGGCAGCGCUACGUGGAAAGGCUGACCUUCAAGAACCUGUUCCUCUCCACCGUACGCCUGAGUACUGCUAGCCGCAUCAUCACAUCGCAACGACUGGAAUAUGUGCGCUCUAUUGAUCUAGAGGUCAUUCUCGAAACAUACGAUGACGAGGCCACCUGCCGCGUUGAGAAUGAGGCAGAGAAAGCCCGUAAUAAUGAGCAAUUUACUUGUACCGUGAUCGCGCUGUUUGCACUACUGAGGGAGCUCGACAUGCCCAAGUUCAACAGUUUGCACGACCGCGUACUCCGAUUGCGCGCUUAUUCGCCGAGCGAUCCAUGGCGCCGUGACGACUGGCCCAGCAUACGCAAGACCAGGGUAAAUGGUCUUACUGACAACAUUUUAGAAGCUCGCUUUGACCAAAGCUAUCUGGAAUUCAUUGAACCGCUCGAUUCGAGCAUCAAUACCUUUUCAAUAUUCGAGGUCCCUGAUCCCGUGGGAAGGAACCUCACAUAUCGCCGCAUCAGCCCGAGUGCCUGCUGCAGUAUCGCAGCUAAACUGGGCAAGCUCAACAAGAUCAUUUGGCAUCUUUCUGACAACGAGAAGAAGGAUAUAGCACUUCGCAAGACUUUGAGACAGGAGUUUUCGGAGCAGCUGGGCCAUCUACCGCUAUCAUUAAAGCACAUGGUUCUACGCUAUACGAGAAACCCUCCCAGAAAUCACACAGUCUCACCCGCCAGCAUCCUAGGUGCAGACGGAUCUGGAGAAGAUGACCUUAGUACGGCAUUGCAUGACCUCUGCAAGCGUCUCGUCACUGCAGAUAUUGAGGCCUCACUGGAAAACAGUUUCUUCACGCCCAUUGAUUCAAUACGCGACUCAAAUGCAAAAGCGCAGUGGCCCGACCUACAGACUUUGAAUCUGACUCUUUCCGCAGUGACACCUUCCGGGAAAUGGCUCUUCAAUCGGCAUCCUGACGCAGUGGAAGACGAAGAUCCGUGGAUCGAGGAAGACAAUCUCAUGGAUCUUAAGCCAGACACACCGGCUGAAGAGGACUGGAGGCUAUACGAAUUCCGCGGUUCACCUAGUGUAUCUGUCAUCAAGCCAUGGUUCUUGGCUGCAGCAGAGGCUGCUCGCAACAUGCCUUCUUUGCUAGAGUUGAAAAUUGUAUCGGGUUGUGGCACGAUACCCAAGCCGUAUCGAGCUUACUGCGCCCUCCAAUAUUCUGUUCGGGCACUUUUGCUUGAGAUAACCAGUACUCCUGUUUUGGAUGUGGAUUUAGAGCUGGAGGAGGCGUGGAGAGAUACCGCACGUGUACAGCUCCAAAACCGAAGCACCCUAACCAUUGAGUACAAGGAGGCGAAAGAUCACCGCAAUACAAACACUGUGUCACUUCAAGCCCAGGGCAGGACCACGCAGAGGCCAGUUUUUGGAAGCGGGCCUGCACAAAACAACAGUGCAGUUACAGCUGAAGACGUACGACAGCAACGGCCAGUGUUCGGGGCCCAAGGAACAGGUCUCGCCAGGCCUAUAUUUGGAGCUCAAGGAACAGGAUUAAGCAGGCCAGUGUUCGGCGCCCAGCAGACGAGCCAGAACAACAGACAUCCUCGUGACUCAUAG